GACCUUUAUACUCAUUAAAGAAAGUGAAAUGUAAGAUUAGAACCUGAUUAUCAAGCGAUGUUGCCAUAGCAACUGAGAUGUUAGACAUAUUACAUAACUGUUGCUAUAGAAACUGAUAUAUUUCUUCCAGACUAAUAUUUUGACACUGGUCGAUGAUCGUUGAAUGGCUCCCCUGCACUAAUUGUUGCACCUUUAAUGAGUGAUUUUACAAUUAUAUGCUCAUUCAUCAAAUGAUCGAUCGCGAUCAUAUCGCUUGUUGUAACUGCUAUUAAGUAUGGAUUAUAUAAUUAAUUAAAUGAAAAUUGAUUGAUUUUGAUUUGGCUUUUGAGUGCGUUCAAUUUAACCUACGAUGGCAAAACUCCAGCAUUUAAGAUGAACAUUUUUGAACGCAGUUUUCUAUUAAGUAUUUUCAUAUCCAAUAUAGUGGUUACUGUGAAUGCGUCUUGUUCAAAAAACAAAGGACCGAAAAAUCUAACACCAACAAACUAUACUGUCUAUAAAAAAACAUUUACAAUAAUUGCUGAUGGUGUGCGAAUUUCAUCCAUGCCAACCCUGUGGCCAAAAUCAUGGCAGGACUUUUGGGAGGAUACUGGAUCUACAGCAGUUAUCAAAGGAAGAGACUUCAUCAACUGGGCUCAAGAGAGAUACGGCAUCGACGCUUAUGCUCUAACAGAUGAACAGCUAACAAAUGGAGAGGAGGUUGACUUGGGGGGAUUCGUCUUUCGGCCUUACAUGCCUGCACCAAAAGAAUUGAAUUUUAGACUGCUAACUGAAACAACAAAGAGGAGAGUAAAGUUUUACAGGAAUACAGAAGUCAGAGAAGCGGCGUUCGUAUUACACAUCAAUGCAGAGUAUAAUAGCACAGGCACUGUUAAAGUGACGAUCCCAUCAGGAGCAGUUAUAUUUCUCGGAGCCUAUCUCAUCGACACUACUAAGGAAUGUGGGUUCAACAGCAACGCAGACAUAAUCAUCUUCACAACCAAGACAUAUCUUCAACGGAUUGGUGGAAUGGCACCUUUGCAUUUUGAUACAAUCUCCAACAAGUAUGGAGUAGGGGAGCUGAUUGGUUCAUCUAUUGCCUCUCCCUCUUUCUUUAAGGAAUCCGCUGUUCUGUUCUUUCCACCGACAUACAAUGGACCGUAAUGACUACUAUUAGUUUGUUUCCAUUUAUCAUUUCAAAAAUGAAAAAAAACAAUAUGAAAUAAUAAUUGCUGUUUUCUGGUUUAUCAUAUUUGCAAUGGUUAUAUGAAAUAUAGCAUUUUAAUCACCUCGCAAUUUCAAUUUUGAUCUUUACAACUGAUCAGAAAAAUCAAUGACCAAAAGUAUCAUCCUUUGUCAGAAGUGUCUGAUAAUCUUGUUGUUUUUAAGAUAGAUGGCACAUCUGAAUUUCAACCGAUACUCUUCUGAAAGUUGAUUGUCUACUCUCAAUCUUUUGUUUUAUGAGGAAUAUGAGAUGUUCAAAUUGAAUGUGGUUUAAAAGUGAAUAUGGACGAUACAAAGCAACACAAGGUGAAUAUGGUUGAAUAUGGACAAUAAAGCAACACAAUUACAGUAAAACCUGUCCAAGUGGAACACCUUAAGAACCUCAAAGUGUUCAAUUUGGGAAGUGUUCCACUUAGAGAGUAAUUUGGCUUGGGGACUCUUAAGUAUUCCACUAACAGAAAAA